AUGCGGCGGAUCCGGCCCCUGAGCGUGUCCAUCCUGUGCGCCACCGGCCCCUACACGACGCUCGCCGCCACGCUCUUUGGCGAGAACACGCAGCAGUUCCAGCCGUUCAAGGGCGCCGGGGCCGUCAGCUCGUGGAAGCAGGCGCUGCCGCGACUCGUCGCGCGGCAGUUCGACUACACGUCCGUCUCAGACUUGGUGCUGCACCUGCGGUGCACGGAUGUCGACGGCGGGCCCAUGCUGCGGAGCGCGGUCACGGUGGCGUUCUCGCUCGUGCCGGCCCAAAUCGCGCACGUGGGCGCCCGCGACGGCCCAUGGCGGUCGUCCAAACAGCCCAACCUGUCAAGUUUAGCGGUCAAGUUCAGCGUGCUUGGUGCUUUCUGCGAAACAGACUGCCGGGCGCUGAUCUAA